UCUAGAGACCUUGACUACUUUGUUCCUCUAUAAAUAUUUUGCUGCCCAAUACAGAAUCACACAUUGAAGCAGCUGUGGUGGAUCAUCUGCUGCAGAGCUAACACGGAGCCAUGCAAUCAAUAACGCUGGUUAGUAGACACUGCUGUUUAGUCCUGGCCAUAACCACGUACCUGUAUGUGACCAUUCGAGCAGAUUGCAGCAAAGAUUGCGCUUCCUGUGUUUAUCACUUGGGACAGGCAACUGAAAUCAACACUCUGACUUGCACAUUGGAAUGUGAAGGAAAGCUGCCCUCUGUCAAAGCCUGGGGAACAUGCAAAGAGCUUCUUCAAACAGCUAAAGAGGACAAUGCUCAGGAAACUGAGAAAGAGAUAGAUGAUAGCCACUUAUUAGCUAAAAAAUAUGGGGGCUUUAUGAAGCGAUAUGGUGGCUUCAUGAAAAAGAAAAUGGAUGAACUGUACCACACUGAACCAGAGGAAGAGUCUGCUGGUGGAGAGGUUCUUGCUAAGAAGUAUGGAGGUUUCAUGAAGAAAGAAUUUGACAGUGAUACUUCAGAUGUCCUCAGAGAGCUUCUAGGUAAUGGUGUGGAUGCUGACAGUGACGCACCAGGAGAGGUAAACAAAAGGUAUGGCGGCUUCAUGAGAGGUUACAGAAGAAGUCCAGAUGUUGAAGAUGAGGCUAAAGAGUUGCAGAAGAGAUAUGGCGGGUUUAUGAGAAGAGUAGGCAGGCCUGAAUGGUGGCAGGACUACCAGAAAAGAUAUGGCGGGUUCAUGAGGCGCUAUGCUGAUUCUAUUCUUCCUUCAGAUGAAGAUGGUGAGAGCUAUUCCAAAGAAAUACCAGAAAUGGAUAAAAGAUAUGGCGGAUUUAUGAGAUUUUAAUUCCAUUCCCUCCUACCCCAGAUUUAUUGAAAAAGACUGCCUCAUUGACCAUAUUUUAUUGUAAUGUGUUGCCUGCACUGUACAGUUUUUUACUGUCUUAGUUAACAACGCAACUCGUACUCUGUUAUAUCAGGCUCUGUGUUCUUUAUAACUCAACAACAAAAUCUGUUUGUCACAUUUAAGUUUAUACUGUAGGUAUUAUGCUGAAAAUAUUUUUGUUACUGUAUUUUUUUUCUUUUAAAUGGAAUACAUCUAUCAAUGCUUAUUGUAUAUAAAUAAAUUAUUCAUCAUA